AUGCAGCUCAUACAGCCGACUGUAGACAGAUGGCGCGGCGCCCUGGAUACCUUGCUCGUCUUUAUCGCUCUCUUUUCUGCUAUCGUUACGACUUUCUUCGUCCAAUCGCUGGAGGGGCUUUCUCAGGACCCGAGCUCCAGAACUAACGAACUGUUACAAAAUCUGACAGACAUCUACAUUGCAGGCAGCGGUCUCGAUGUAACACGGGUUCAGAUAGCAAAACCCACACCUUUUAAACCCGAGGCCAGCGUCAUCCGGCUGAACCUGUACUGGUCUAUCGCCCUGGUCAUCAGCGUGCGCCAAUUCUACACUUCGACUUCCUCGUGGGAUAUACCAUACUGA